AUGAAACGGUGUGACGCAUCUGUUCCGUCUUAUCGGCUGCCUGCUGCUUCUACCAGUGCGAACGCCACUCCGACCUCACUUGCUACACCACCGGCCAUCAGCACAGUGUGCGUAGAUGUGCGUGAGCUGCUACGCCACGCUGCUGCUGCUGCCUCGAAGGAUGGAUCAGCCGAUGGGCAUGCCGCCGUCUGUGAUGGGCAGCGAGACACCACUGUUGCCCUGCCCGCUGUACCCUCGCGCUCCCCCUGGCAAUCGCAGGGAAACCUGCCUCCAGGUCCCACGGAAUCGAUCUUCUGGUCACCGUCGUACCCGCCGUAUGGCGGUUUUGUCGUCAACAGCGGACCCCCUCCGCUCUCGCCGACCGAUCCCACUAUUCUGCACUCCAUUUUAGGAGAGCCCUCCGUGCGAACUACCCUUCGGUCUGGCUUUCGUCGAAUGCCAGGUUUUACGGGUAGCCCUCUGGUACAGGAGCCUCCUACACGGCGGACCUCUCCGAAAAGCGGCGCACCUGCACGACUUUCCACGGCGUCUUCCGUGCGGCGGUCGUCGGUGGCGAGCACUCUCCCUCCACCAAAUGAUGAGUCGCCCAUGUGUGGCGCGCCAGUGCGCACCGACGGCGACAUUCAGGCGAACAAAGUCGACACGGCCACUUCAUUCUCGUCGUUGACGGAAGAGGACGCAUCCCCACCGACCCCGCUGCUGGACGCGUUGGAGAGCUUCCUGAAUGAGGAGGGGUCAAGUUCUGCCGGUGCUGCGGCACCCACGGACUUGUCGCUGACGGCACAGCGGACGAUAAAGAGAAUUCUGGGGCAGCUGCACAGCUACGCCAGCGGGUUCGCUGCGGUAGAAAAGAGGAAAGCGACCGAAGUGCCUACCGGGUCCUAUCGUGGGGGCGUGGCCGUGUUGCCGGUCCCCUUCCGUCAGGCGGCGCUACGCGCCAGUGCGGCGGGGCCGUCAUCAGCUGCUUCGUCGCUUCCUUUUAGUGGCGCCUCUGCACAUGAGAUGAAGGGUACUUCUGCCAAAGCUGCCACUGCCGCACGGCCGACGUCGAUGCAGUUGUGGAGGCUGCGCCCGGGACUUUCUGCGUCCACCUUCGGUAGGAUGGACACUUACCCGAAACGACCUCAAGGCGCCGUACAAGCUGUCGUAGCGCCACAGCGGGGACUCGCCUACGACAGGCUGCACGCCGCCGCCGACCGCAGCACAGUUGCGCUUCGAGAGGUGAACCAGUCGCCCUGUCGUACCGUACCACCAGCCUUUCGCCGGCAUCUGGAAUUCGCCGAGGCGGCGCCGACGACGCGCCGACCAAAGCGCAAGUGA